AUGUCCGCCGACGCACCCCUCGUAUUCUCCAACCUCCCCACGGAGCUCCUCCGAGACAUUUUCGAGCAUGCCGCCGUCGCGGACAUCAUCACUGCUCGCGCGCUGAGCCUCGUCUCCUCCGCCGUACACCACUGGACCGACCCUAUCCUCUACCGGACCGUCGUCCUGUCCUCCGCACGCGACCUGCGCUCCUUCCUCUCCGCCAUCUCCCACAAGCCCGCCGACUUUGUGCGCACCCGUGUCAAACACCUCGGCAUAUUCGCGCUCGGCCCCGUCCAGAGCAUCGACCGUGUGCUCAGCGCGUGUCGCGACGUGCAGAGCCUUGCGUGCGGCUUCCAUCUCCCCGGAUACAAGCAGGUCCGCGGGUGCGACGCGCUCCAAGCGCUCCAAAGAUCGCGCGAGCAGCACCUCCUUGGGUUGUCCUGCCGCGACGGAUGGGACACCGCCCUCGUUGGACCCUCUGUCACACAUUUGCGCAUUCAUCUCACUUCGUGCGACGCUGGUGACCCGAACGCGCCUUUUGGGCUCGCCCUCGGGACAGGCAGCCCGAGUGAUUCGGGCUGGGAGCGUCUCAUAGGCCUCUCCGCGCUCACGCAUCUCGCCAUUGUCUACCGUUACUCGCCCAAGAUGCCCGCCGAUGCUAUUCUGUCGGCACUACAGCAGCUGCUGUUGUUGGGCAGUAGCCCUUCCUCCAAAGCCGCUCCACCCCGCUUCCAGCUCAUUCUCAUCCAAGUGCUGGGCAGCACCGCGGAUCGCUCAUCUACGGACGCCACCGUGGAGUUGAUCAAUAAGGCAGUCGUGCAAACGGGCGGAUCCACACUUCGAAUCGUGGCUGAGAGCGCACCUGCCUCCGUGGUUCGCCAAUGGGAGACCGCGGUGAGGGGCGGCCCGAGCAUUUGGGAAAGUGCCGAAGAGGUUGUGAAGACGAGAUUGGCUACAGCGGCGAAGAAGACGAAUGCUCAGGGGGGCGAAUGA